UUUUUUUCCUACAACACAAACGAAGAUGUGAAUUUACAUUUUUUUUAUUUUAGCCGAUGUCUGCACUAUUGUACACGCACCUCGUUGUACACGUGAUUUAGACAUGUGACGAAGGACACAAGUGAGCAUGUCUGUUGAGCGGGUACUUUCUGAUUCUGAUGAACUCAGCAUAGGUUUCUAUUCGCUUCGAUGUCUCUACUUAUUGUACUCUAAGACGCUUAGACUUAGAGUACAAUAGUAGUAUUCCACUUUCCUCGUAGUGGUGAGCUCAGUCGACCCCUAGGGAGCAUAAUAGGGAAGAGACGUGGCUCGAUUGUUUCACGAGCUUCUUCCGUUGUAUAUUGCUUUACACCAGCUAGGGGCAGGUGGAGCUCAACAAGUCCGUUUCAUGUUCAUUUUUAGGAUUUAAUUAGCUCUAUAAUUUACGCUGCAUGAAAGGACAUUUAUCUAUUAUUCAGCUACUGCAGAACACUGCAUCGGUGAACGGAUGACAAAAAAGUAGUUUGGCAUAUCCAAAUUAGAAUAAGGUAAGAUGAAAAAGACGCCCCACUUGGUAAAUGGACUGCAUUUUAUAUAGCACUUUUAUCCAAAGCGCUUUACAAUUGAUGCCUCUCAUUCGCCAGAGCAGUUAGGGAUUAGGUGUCUUGCUCAAGGACACUUCCACACGCCCAGAGCGGAGUUUGAACCGGCAACCCUCAGACUGCCAGACAAUCGGUCUUACCUCUUGAGCUAUGUCGCCCCGCCACUUAAGAACAAACAUAAUGUUUGUGCUUAAUGCAUUUUUGGGGAAAUAAAUUGUAACAGUGGGCAACCUUGCUGUUUAAGCGCAAAGCCCGGGUUAAAGUCGCUGCUUGCUCUAGCACUUCCUUGGAGUUGAAUUUUCCCUUCAACAACAAAAAUACGCAGGAGACAAGUUAGAUACCUUUACAAGUUAGAUAUUAAGCUUGUUACUUUCCGUAUGCUAAAGGUCAAAGUCGUCUUUCAUCAGAACGAAAUUGUUGAUAUAUGAUCUCUAGCUGUAGGCUUUUUUUUUUCCUCAAAAAUUUUACCAGUAUAAGACAUGCUUCUUUACAGUUAGCUGCUUAUCUUGUCUUUCAGGCUUAAAAAGAUGAAAAUUUUAAAUAAGGCCGAAUUACAGCAAGCGGGAAAGGUUCUGCAGUCACACUUACCAAAAAGCUCCAAGGUGUAUGGAUAUCUGUUCGGUGUGAAUAGAAACAAACCACAUACAUUGGAGGUUAUUGUAGACUCCUGGCCUGAUUUUAAAACAAUUAUUUGUCGACCAGACCAAAAGAAUGCACAUACUCUGCUUUACAAAAAUCGACUGAAUUUCUUCAGCACUGAUGAGAAGAUUCUUAAGAAAAUGUUGACAGAAGACAAGGUCUUAGACUGGAAUAAAUACUUCAGAAUUGGAGGGUUUGACAUUCGUCAUGCCACCAUGUUGAAGGAUGUCGCCGCCACAAAAGGCGCUACAUUCAGACAGUUAAUUCUAGUUCAUCUCCUUGUGUUACAAGACCCAAAUCUCCUUCCUCAACUGACAGUGAACAGUGAUAUGGAGGCCAGGAUCUCCUCUCUGAAUGAAUCCCAUGUCAGUUUGGUGAAUAAAACCUGGAAAUUUGGAGGUGAUGAAAAAGGUUUCAAACUAAUUAAAUAUCUCAUAAGGCACUUCCCCACCUGUUGCAUCACUGAUGAAGAAGGCUGUCCAGUUUCUUGGGUGCUUCUUUAUGAUUACUGUGCCAUGGGGCUACUGUACACAGCCCCAGACUACAGGGGGAGGGGCUAUACCAAGAUCCUGAUAAGCACCAUGGCAACAAGGCUCCAUGCCCAGGGUUACCCUGUGUACUGCUUCAUCGAGGAGGAGAACCAGCUGUCCUACAGGCUCUCUAAAAAACUGGGCUUUACUGAAGACCCCUCCUACAGGGCUGCCUGGUAUGAGUUCAACUACUAAAAUAGUGUUGGGAGCAUCACAACUAAACUCAAUGCUGAUGUGACUUUAUUCAAUUACUCUAUACACAAUGCAGCAGUGUAGCUGGAUCUCAAUCAGGUUGUCAAAGAUAAUGUACUGUUGGGUUGAGAAGGAAAGCUCUAUUCUUGACUUGUAAUAGAGAGGCAAUGCAGUCAGGAAAACAGUUCACUUUUGAUCCAAUUAGAGGGGUCUCUUUUUCUGCAAAAAGGGUACGCCUGCCCACAGUCAGAUAUCUAGUGUUUAGAUUUUGGCCUUAGAGAAACAGUGAAUUGGAUACAAUAUUAUAUUGUUUCUAAGAAUGUAGGCAGUCCUCCCCUCCUCG